CUCAUCGGGUCUGCGAGUGACCGGUGCACCCUGAGCUGGGGCCGCCGCCGGCCGUUCAUCCUUGCACUCUGCAUUGGCGUCCUCUUUGGCAUUGCGCUUUUCCUCAACGGCUCUGCCAUAGGUCUGGCCCUCGGCGAUGUCCCCAACCGUCAGACCAUUGGCAUCGUCCUCACAGUGCUGGGGGUGGUGGUCCUGGAUUUCAGUGCUGAUGCGACCGAAGGGCCCAUCCGUGCCUACCUGCUGGAUGUGGUGGACAGCGAGGAGCAGGAUAUGGCCCUCAACAUCCACGCUUUCUCUGCCGGCCUCGGCGGGGCCGUCGGCUACGUGCUGGGUGGGCUGGACUGGACCCAGACCUUCCUGGGCAACUGGUUCAGAACGCAGAGCCAGGUGCUCUUCUUCUUUGCCGCCGUCAUCUUCACAGUGUCCGUGGUGCUGCACCUCUUCAGCAUCGAGGAGGAGCAGUACAACCCGCAGCAGGACCGCUGCACAGAGGAGACCGCCCUGCCCAGCACCCGCCUCAGCGCCUUUGACAGGGGCGCGCAGCUCGGCGGCUCCCUUUUGCCAGACGAGGUGCAGUCGGAGCAUGAGCUGUCCCUGGACUAUCUCAGCGUGGACAUAGUACGCAGCAAGAGCGACUCGGUGCUGCACGUGCCCGAUGCCACACUGGAGCUGGAGCCCGAGCUGCAGUUCCUGCACGACAUCGAGCCCUCCAUCUUCCAGGAUGCCUCCUACCCCAACACGCCCUGCAGCACCAGCCAGGAGCUCCCGCAGGCCAAGCUGUCCCGCCGGUCCACGUUCCUCAGGGAGACCAUGAAAGAAGAUGACACCCUGCUCGAUAACCACUUGAAUGAGGCAAAAGUCCCCAAUGGAAGCGGAUCUUUGCCAAAAGAUGUCCCCAGCAGCUCCAGCAGGGUGGACGUGAAGCCCUCGGCUGUGUCUGCCUCUGCGCGGCGGCGCCGGCACAGGUUCCACCGGCAGGCCUCCAGCACCUUCUCCUACUAUGGCAAGAUCGGGUCCCACUGCUACCGCUACCGGCGGGCCAACGCGGUGGUCCUGAUCAAGCCGUCCCGCAGCAUGAACGACCUGUAUGACCUGCAGCAGCGGCAGCGGCAGCGGUGCCGGCGCAGGAACCAGAGUGGGGCCACCAACUCCAGCGGGGACACGGAGAGUGAGGAAGGGGAGGGUGAGACCACCGUGCGCCUGCUGUGGCUGUCCAUGCUGAAGAUGCCCCCAGAGCUGAUGCGGCUGUGCCUGUGCCACCUCCUCACCUGGUUCUCCGUCAUUGCCGAGGCCGUGUUCUACACCGACUUCAUGGGCCAGGUCAUCUUCGAAGGGGACCCCAAGGCCCCCUCCAACUCAACCGCCUGGCACUCCUACAAUGCCGGGGUGAAGAUGGGCUGCUGGGGCCUGGUCAUCUACGCUGCCACCGGUGCUAUUUGCUCAGCCCUGCUACAGAAGUACUUGGACAACUACGAACUGAGCGUCAGGGUGAUCUACGUGCUGGGGACGCUGGGCUUCUCCGUUGGCACAGCCGUGAUGGCCAUGUUCCCCAACGUCUAUGUUGCCAUGGUCACCAUCAGCACCAUGGGCAUCGUCUCCAUGAGCAUCUCCUACUGUCCCUAUGCCCUGCUAGGGCACUACCACGACCUCAGGCAGUACGUCAACCACAGCCCCGGGAACUCCAAGCGAGGCUUCGGCAUCGACUGCGCCAUCCUGUCCUGCCAGGUCUACAUCUCCCAGAUCCUGGUGGCAUCCGCCCUCGGGGGCGUGGUGGAUGCCGUCGGGACCGUCCGUGUCAUUCCCAUGGUGGCCUCCGUGGGCUCUUUCCUAGGCUUCCUGACUGCCACAUUCCUGGUGAUCUACCCCGAGGUGUCAGAGGAAGCCAAGGAUGAGCAGAAAGGCCUGUCCUCCCAGCCUGUCGGUGAUGGCAGCAGCGGGGGCCGCGAGAAGCCCACUGUCCUGAAGCUCUCGCGGAGGGCGGGCCUGCACGCACUGGUGGAGUCGGAGUCAGUGGUCUGAGCCACACUCCUGGUGACACGUGCUCCCAGGCAGGCGCAGGGGACGGCGGGGAGCAG